UUUUAAGCAAGGGAACUUUAAGGUCGUGGUAUCAUGUCUGGUCGCGGCAAAGGCGGUAAGGGUUUGGGAAAGGGGGGCGCUAAGCGCCAUCGCAAGGUGCUCCGUGAUAACAUUCAAGGUAUUACGAAGCCGGCUAUUCGUCGUUUGGCGCGCCGGGGUGGUGUAAAGCGUAUUUCCGGAUUGAUUUACGAAGAAACCCGAGGAGUGCUGAAAGUGUUUCUAGAGAACGUCAUCCGUGAUGCUGUUACUUACACUGAACACGCUAAGCGGAAGACUGUGACUGCCAUGGAUGUGGUCUACGCUCUGAAACGCCAGGGUCGGACUCUCUACGGGUUCGGGGGCUAAGUUUCCAUCCCGUGUCAAAGUUGAGACGGUCUCAAAAACACAAAGGCUCUUUUAAGAGCCACCCA